AUGACAGAAGAAGAGAUAGUUAUAGAGAAUCCAGAAUCAAUUGAAGUUAAAGGAGUAUCACCAUGCAGAAAUAUUAUCAAUAUUCUAAGUCGAGGGUUCAAACAGGAUAAGAAUAUAAAUACUAGGACACCCUCAAUAACACUAUUAAUUUUGAACCAAACCAUAGAUAUAGGUAAAUUAUUCAUUAACCUCUGGGAUAAUAGUUGCUUAAGAGUCUGUGCAGACGGUGCAGCAAAUAAGGUAUACAAUUUUUUCCAAGAUGAGGAAGAAAGACGAAAACACAUACCUGAUUAUAUUAUCGGAGACUUAGAUUCGAUCGACAAGGAAGUUCUUGACUAUUAUAGAUCAUUAAAUGUAAAGAUUAUUAAACAGACUACUCAAUAUUCUACAGAUUUCACGAAGUGUGUAAAUUUAAUUUCCCUUCAUCAUAAUUCAAGGAGUUUCAAAGAGUACUUACAAAAGAAUGAAAGUGAACCUAAUUAUGGCAUUGAAUUAGAGAGUGGGAUCCAUAUUUUUUAUGAUAAUAUGAUGCAGGAAGUUAACAGGUUAGAUCUGUUACCUCCGAUGAACCUUAUAGUAGUCAAUGGUAUUGGAGGAAGAUUUGAUCAAACUAUACAUUCGGUAACACAGUUAUAUACGUUGAAAGAAAGUGAUCCUUAUUUUCAAACCUCAUUUAUCACUAGUACAGAUAUAAUAGUAUUGAUACCUAAAGGUGGUACAAUGAUAGAAUAUGAGCAUAAGAUGAGAAAACAGUGUAUAGGAAACUGCGGACUACUACCUAUAGGCAAACCUACUACGAUUAUUGAAACAUGUGGUUUAAAAUGGGAUGUCAAAAAUUGGCAUACAAGCAUAUCAUCUGGGAAAGUCAGUUCUAAUAAUAGAUUUGUUGGUCAGGGGAGAUGUUAUAUUAAUGUGGAGGAUGAUUUGGUAUUAAAUAUUGAGGUGUAUUUAGAUAAGCUUAUAGAAUAUAUAUAUACAUAA